AUGAAAUCACAAAUACUUGAAAGAAAGACGGGGCACGAGACGGGUCAUGUAGGGCUCAGGAGAGAGAAACGCAGGAACAUUCCCAGAAAACGAUCCCCGAGAUCUGUGGUUGCGAAGGGACCAGGGACCGGAACCCUGUUAGCGCCCAACUCAAACGCAGUCAAGCUUUCUGAUACACGCCCCCAGACGCCCCCAGACACCAACAAGACGUCGCUCCUGAACUGCGGGCCCUGA